GAUCUCCUCUUUCGUUUUAAGCUUGCCUUCCAUCGGUACUCGUCGGCUUCGACUUUUCUUGAUCCUCGAAUAUAUCACAAUUAACUCACACCUUAGAAACUUAUUGACACCGCGAAAUUAUGUCGGAAGCUCCUUUGAAUUACGAAGCCUCGGCCGGCACCACCAAUCUCCAAGUCUCGAGGACCUUACCAUCGGAAGUAGUCCAAUGUUUAGAAAAUGCUAGAUUUCUACAUCUCGCCACAUGCACAUCUCUCCGUCCUCACGUCUCCCUCAUGAACUAUACCUAUCUCCCCAGCACCCCCUGGUCUCCUCAUCCCACCAUCAUCAUGACCACGAACCCAUCCUCGAAGAAAACUCACAACCUUCUCGAAAAUCCACACGUGUCGCUGUUAGUCCACGAUUGGGUAUCGCAUCGUCCGCCCACGGGAAAUAGAGCUGCGAGUCCGCCGCGGAAUGCGGGAGGGAGGAGCAGUUUGGCGGAAAUGCUGAUAGGAUUGAAUACGAGUGCGAUUAGCAGCAUUAGUGCGACGAUUAAUGGGGAAGCGAGGAUAGUCGAGAGGGGAGGAGAGGAAGAGCAAUGGUUGAGGGAGAAACAUUUGGAGAAUUGUGUUUUUCUUGGGGAGGAGGGAGUUAGGGCUGGAGAGGGAGAUGGUGGGAGAGUGUUUGUGGAGGGAGAAGAGGUGAGGGUUGUUAGUGUAAAGGUUGGAGAUGGGAGGGUUAGUGAUUGGAAAGGUGCAGUCAGAGAUUGGGUUUUGGAAGAUGCAGGUGAGGGAGGAAGUAGUGCUGAGGGUGAAACUUUAUUAAAUGGAGUUCAUUGAGGUAGCAAUUAGGAAUGGAAUCCAGGAAGAUUGAUUUCAUAUAUAUUGGAAGUAUAUGCAUUUUUAUGAGAAUAUUCAAAAUUACUCGCAAAGUGUAAGGGCGAAUUCAUCGUUGAGGUCGAUGACUUAUUUGAGAAGUUGAGUUUCAUUCGGGUUUCUAUCACCUCUGCGUUUCUUUCAAAGAAGAUAUCUGACCAAAGGACCAUGAAAAUUCAACA